GCGGACUUUUCCCUCCAGAGAGAGAGAGACCAAUCCUCUUUCAACUCUAGCAUCCUUGGUUUUAUACGUCACCAGCUAAGGACUAGACUAGCUGGUCAGAGAGCGGGCAGGUUUCGAACAAAACACACUUGGUUCAUCCCCUCAGAGUAGCUACAACAAGCAAUAAUGCGUGAGUGUAUCUCCAUCCACGUCGGUCAGGCUGGUGUCCAGAUUGGCAACGCCUGCUGGGAGCUGUACUGUCUGGAACACGGGAUCCAGCCGGAUGGACAGAUGCCCAGUGACAAGACAAUUGGGGGUGGAGAUGAUUCCUUCAACACAUUUUUCAGUGAGACCGGAGCUGGAAAACAUGUUCCCAGAGCUGUUUUUGUGGACCUGGAGCCCACAGUCAUCGAUGAGGUGCGCACUGGGACCUACCGCCAGCUGUUCCACCCUGAGCAGCUGAUCACUGGCAAGGAGGAUGCUGCCAACAACUACGCCCGUGGACACUACACCAUUGGCAAAGAGAUCAUAGACCUAGUGCUGGACAGAAUUCGCAAACUGGCCGACCAGUGCACUGGUCUCCAGGGCUUCCUGGUGUUUCACAGCUUUGGCGGUGGCACUGGCUCCGGAUUCACCUCCCUUUUGAUGGAGCGUCUGUCUGUAGACUACGGCAAGAAGUCCAAGCUGGAGUUCUCCAUCUACCCAGCUCCCCAAGUGUCCACUGCUGUGGUGGAGCCCUAUAAUUCUAUCCUGACCACACACACCACUUUAGAGCACUCAGACUGCGCCUUCAUGGUAGAUAAUGAGGCCAUCUAUGAUAUCUGUCGAAGGAACCUCGAUAUUGAACGCCCUACUUACACCAACUUAAACAGGCUGAUCAGUCAGAUUGUGUCCUCUAUCACGGCUUCCCUUCGUUUCGAUGGCGCUCUCAAUGUUGAUCUUACAGAGUUCCAGACCAACUUGGUGCCAUAUCCUCGCAUUCACUUCCCUCUGGCCACCUACGCCCCAGUCAUUUCAGCUGAGAAGGCAUAUCACGAGCAGCUCUCUGUGUCUGAAAUUACAAACGCCUGCUUCGAGCCAGCUAAUCAGAUGGUCAAGUGCGACCCUCGUCACGGCAAGUACAUGGCGUGCUGCCUUCUGUACCGUGGCGACGUGGUGCCCAAAGAUGUCAAUGCUGCCAUUGCCACUAUCAAAACCAAGCGCUCCAUCCAGUUUGUGGACUGGUGCCCUACUGGUUUUAAGGUGGGCAUCAACUACCAGCCACCUACUGUGGUUCCUGGCGGUGACCUGGCUAAGGUUCAGAGGGCGGUGUGCAUGCUGAGUAACACCACUGCUGUCGCAGAGGCCUGGGCUCGACUUGACCACAAGUUUGACUUAAUGUACGCUAAGCGCGCCUUUGUUCACUGGUAUGUAGGGGAGGGUAUGGAGGAGGGAGAGUUCUCUGAGGCCAGGGAGGAUAUGGCCGCUCUGGAGAAGGAUUAUGAGGAGGUUGGAGUCGACUCCAUUGAGGGCGAAGAUGAGGAGGAAGGAGAGGAAUAUUAAAAAGUGAAGAAAUGUUUUGUUCUAAAUGUACUUCAAAAUAAACUCCUGGUCUAAAUAAA